CAAAAAGCCAGCUGGAUUUGAACAAAAGCGAAUCGACGUUGGUAUUGGACGCGACGGACAAUGGCAGUCUAGCUAGCAAGCGAAUGCAAGAUCACGAUUAUACUGCUACAUGACUACCCGAGGAUCACGCGCUUUUAUUGAUUACGUCUAAACAAAUACCUCCAAAAUGUCCGAAAAUAGGGACGAAAUUCUUCUGGACUUUCAGGCAUGUACUGGUAUUGAAGACAUUGGUGAAGCUUUUUCACAUUUGGAAGCAGUACAAUGGGACCUCUUAAAAGCUAUUCAAAGAGUAAUGCCUCAAGACUCGCAGACUCUGCCUUCAGAGGCAACGGAUGAUAUUGAAAUGAUUGAGCCAGCGUUACCGUCAGCAUCAACAGCUCCCAAUGUUCCAGGCCCUUCAACAUCUUCAAGCUCAGAUAAAAUAACGUUUCACAUCACUCACGGGGAAGAGGAAGUUGAUUUUGUUCUAUCUAAGAAGGACCAAAUUGAAUGUUUGAAGAAACUAGUGGGGUCUAAAUUCAGUUUGCCGUGGUGCAGAAUUGAUCUUCAGGGAUGGAGGCGACCUCCAGCAUCAGACAAAAUAACCUUCGGGGACCUGCGGUGCCCAGUGUUUGUGCCGCUAGUUGUAGUUGUGCUCGACCCCUCUCCAGAUACAGCCUCAGCGUCUGAAGAAACAAAUCUAAUUGAGCGGCUCACGCAAACCUUUACACUGAACAUUACUUGCGAGACUACAAAGAAAAGCUACAAUCUUAAAUUUCCUGGAAGCAGAACUAUUGGUGAAGUGAAGCACGACAUCUUUGAGGUGACAGACAUUCCAGUCAGAUAUCAAAAGUGGAGUGGGUGGCCAUCCUCAGUUACAGAUCGGGUCACGUUGGCUUGCUCUGGGGUCGUUUACCCUGAACACAAUCUGACCCUUUGCAGGCAGCCUCCCGUAAAAGAAAGCAAGAAGCAGAAGCAACAAGUUGUGUGUAUCGACGACAGUGACAGUUCUGUUGGCGAUUAUGAGGAUGCUUCUGAGUCUUUCAAUGGCGAUGAUGAUAUGCUUUACAUGGGGAGCGUAGAGACCUCCAGAAAAGUUAGAAACCUCAUCCCUGAAGAGGUACACGAUGAAAUAGCUGGGUCAAUUUCCUUUAUGGAGGAAUAUGUUCAUCGGUAUGGUGAAGCUCACCCACUGUUUCUGCAAGACACCCUUGGAGAGGCCGUCAAGGAAGCAUUUAACAAAUCAGCCCGCGAGCGGCGACCUCUGGUGAUUUACAUUCACCACGACGGAAGUGUCCUUUCCAAUGUGUUCUGCACGCAAGUGUUGAAUUCGGAACCAGUUAUAUCCUACCUGAGUGAGCACUUUGUAAUUUGGGGAUGGGAUUUCACCCACGAGCAGAACAAACAGAUGAUGCUACGUGCAGCUUCUCAAAGUUUAGGACCCAUGGCAGCAAAUCUAGUUCGAAGCAUCGAUCUAGAGCACAUGCCAGCGCUUGUGGUCGCUAACAAAAUUCGGUCUUCAAUUGAAAUUGUUUCUGUUAUGCACGGACACCUAGUGGUCAAUGAGCUUAUAAGCAACCUGAUGCAGGUUCGUGACAGAUUCCUUGAGAGCCAGCAACAAGAGAUAAUGGAGGAGAAUGAACGCAUGGCACGCGAGCGAGUCCUCAGGGAGCAGGACGAAGCGUACCAGGCUUCGUUGGAAAUUGACCGCGCCAAAGAGGAGGCGAAGCGGGCGCAAGAGGUUGCCAAGGAAAAGGAGGAACAGAUGCUACAAUCACAGCAACGGCAGGAAGCAGCCAAAAUGGAGGCGCGCAAGGCCGAGGCCAGCUUAAGACUGCCGCUGGAGCCACCUGACAUUCCAGGCGACAACAUUGCCAGAAUCCGGUUUAGAAUGCCAUCAGGAGAGUUCCGCAACAGACGUUUUGAUGCUCACUCUCCAUUACAAGUGGUGUUUGACUUCUUGCUCGUAGAAGGCUAUCCUUCAGAAGAUUACAAAGUCCUCUCAAGCUGGCCUAGGAGAGACCUGACAUUAUUAGAGAGCAGCCAAACCUUACAGCAGGCGAGGUUGUGCCCUCAAGAAACUGUGAUCUUAGAAGAGCGAUAAGAAGUACUCAAUCCUGCACCCGUAUCUCUCAACUUUCCUCUCUUUCCGUCGCUAUUUAUUCAUCUGACUGUAAUUUAUUUUGCAACUAACUCUUGACUGUUGAGUCGUCACAAUUCCCACCAACUCUGGUCCAGAUGAAACCAGUAUCAGUCGGACAGCGAGGGGUUCUGUAAGGAGCGUUGAGCGGCUUGAAAUACUCGGGAGACAAGUGCAUCACAAGCUGCAUGCAUUCCAGCUUCCGUGGCACAGUCUCUUUGAUGCCUGAAACCAUACACAUUUCUCUCCAUUACUACAUGGAGGUAAUAGUUUGUUCUGCAAUGGCUGCAUCAGAUUCUAUUUGUAACAGCUUUGAUUUGUCGUUAACGUGACCAGACGCAGAACUCAAUUGUAUUUUAAUUUGUGUUCUGUGAAAUUCUCACUAAAUGGGUAUUGUUCCAAAACGUCAAAAGUGCUCAGGCCUUGUGCUGAGCCUGAUUGGGUGCCUUAUCAGUAUGACCAUUUGGACGUCUCUUAGAAGUGCGACAUCUUCAUUAACUGCAUUGAUUUGUGGGAACAUAUCUUUUUGCAUUGCAGAAUGAUCUAUCUGAAUUUUAAAUCCCAUUUUAUGUCAAGAGUUGGUGAAGUAAAUGAGUAACAACAUAGCACUGCAAAUCUGCUGGAAUUAUGUUCCAGAUUUUUUUUUUCGAAAAGACAUAGUGUUUUGCUAAUAAAAUAACUCAAAACCGAACCAAA